CGUUCACGUUUCACUCUCGUCUAUCUGACAUCGACGCGUUGAGUCUGAAGAUCCGGGAAAAUAGGAAGAAACGAGGAAGUGUAGUUAGCAAACAGCAGGCAAGACACUGCAGCAUCCGUUUGUCCGAUACAUCUGAGGCAUCGUUUGUUCACCUAACGUUGAGACAAAAUGCCUGAGCUGCAGACACCAAGGAUUCACGCCGUGAACACCAGUGCUGGUAGUGGAUUGGAAGGGUUCAAGGCGCAUGCUGUGUUCCAGGAAAUCAACAAGAAGCUGCAGGAGGAAGGCGAGCAGUUUGUGAAAAAGAUCGGGGGAGUGUUUGCCUUCAAAGUGAAGGAUGGACCAGAUGGACAGGAGGCGACUUGGUUUGUGGAUGUGAAGAACGGCAACGGCUGCGUUCACAAUGACACAGCUAAGAAAGCAGAUUGCACCAUUUCCAUGUCAGAUUCAGACUUGCUGGCCUUGAUGACAGGGAAGAUGAACCCACAGACUGCGUUUUUCCAGGGCAAGCUGAAGAUCACAGGGAACAUGGGACUGGCCAUGAAGCUUCAAAACCUGCAGCUGCAGCCAGGCAAAGCCAAGCUGUAGAUGAGACAUCAAGCGGUUACUACACCUCUUAACACUGAAUAUAAUUAACUAAAGAGAGUUUAACAGCAAGUCUGGUUUUCGGAUAAAUGUCAGAGGUCUGUAAACAUUCUCAUCACCGGACUGAACCACUUUUCCUACCAAUGACCUCAGUGACUUUCCAGGGGAUUAGACAGCAGCCCUACCAAUCUAACUGGAGAGUAAGAAUAGAUGGACAGAUAAUUAAUUCUCUAAUCAUGUUAUUCUCACAAUAACACCGGAGUAGACACAGAUGCUCCUGACCAAUUCAGUUUAGCUCCACUUUUCAAUAACCCUCCAAAGUCUGUUGCUAAUGAGAUCUUUGAGUGUAUAGUGUGUGGAAAUGUUUUGAUUAGAACAGAUUUACUACAUUUUCCACAAUCAUAGUGACAACAGUCUAAGUGCCUCUUCAUCUUUAGACUUAAAGUUAGCUCUAAGGUUUUUAGUCUACAACAUAGAAAUGUUCUUCACUGUGGCUACCCAACAUUUUAAUGGAGGGUUGUGAUUUUCUGCAGUGCUAUCUGUAAGAAGAUUUCUACUAAAUAAAGUUGUCUUUGCUGCAACGUC